AUGCUUGCUUUUGCUAGCAAAUACACCAUCUCUUCCUUAAACCACGAUUUAGAGUUCCAGCAAUAUAGCAGCCAGCUUUCUGAGUUGCCUUUGAUAGAAAUGGCAAUUGCUUUUACCAAUCAAGCUAUUGACGAGUGUGGCAACAAGCCUCCUCCACUAUGCAUACUUCAAGCAUUGAUUUUCUGUACGCACCACCUACUCUGUAAGAAUGUACGGGGAAGAGCAUGGAGAUCUCUCGGAUUAUGUAUACGACUUGCCUAUGAGAUGAACCUGCACCUUGUGGAUGCCAGCAGCAUGGGCGAUAGGAGUAGUCAUGAAGAGGAGCCGUGGGUUAUCAAAGAAGAAAAGCGACGCGCAUGGUGGGCAAUUUGGGAGAUGGAUACUUACGCGAGCGUCCUCCGCCGAUGCCCGGCCGGUAUAGACUGGAAGCAGCAUAAGGUUCUACUUCCCGUUGACGAUGAGUCAUGGUCCCAAGGGCGUUCAAAACCCAGCUGUUUUCUCGGAACUGGCUUUAUUUCCAGGUGCAAAGACCUGGCAGAAACUGGCAGUAAGUUGGAGAAAGCAUGGUUCAUCGUCAUCAAUUCUUUGGCCAAAGAGGCGCAAGCUCUCGCGAGUCCCGGUCCGGGCGACAGAUUGUAUAUCAGCCGGCUUGCCACUGCAUCAGGUUCUGACACCUCAAACGCGGAGCGGUACACAUGGGAAUCAAACAGUAUUGACAGCCCGCAAGAGAUCAUGACGAAGCUUCGAACUCUGGAGAACUCAUUACAGUACUGUAUGACCGUCCUACCUACAUCUCUCCGGUAUGAGGGACAGUUCUUGGAUUUUGGCGAGCGCGCGCGCAACAUGAGGACUGGAAAAUCAUCGGAGUUGCGUCAUCGACAUAGCUCUAUAUUUGGAAUUUAUCUAAUGGCGGGGUUGACCAAACUUAUGAUUCAUAAGUAUCAGGUGUUUCAACCAGAUUCCCAAGGCACGCGUGAGCCUCACAAUUUCCAACGCUAUGAGGAUUUGAGGGGUAAAUGUUUCCCGCACCCUUCUAUGAAGUCAAUUCUCCAAUCGAGACUGCUCGAUCCCUCUGUUCGGCAUUACUUAGCGGCUUCGGACUCAGUUCUUCGUAUAAUCAAUAGCAGUAGUGAUAUGCGGCAUUGCUACGUUAACCCGUUCUUAUCGAGUACCGUGUGGCUCGCAGCUGCUGUUCAGCUAGUUCACCUCGAGAUGGCCUCUGAACCCUCGGAGAAGGAACUUGUUGCCUCAAACUACGAAAUUUUAAAUAUGGUGCACAACCAGUUCGUCCUUCGUUGGAACAUGUCAAUCACACCUCGAGACAAUCUUGUCACGCUCGCAAAUCGUCUCCGCAAUGCUGUAGCUUGUUCAUCAAAUAAUCCCAUAUCUUCCCAUGAUGGGCACCACAGCCAGAGAUUUUCUAUUCAGGAGAAUUCCACAAACAGUCCAGACAAUACAGCUGAGCUAGCAGGAGGGCCCGCUACUACUACAAGCCACUGUGAAUACCAGGAUAGAACAUCUAUUCCUCUAAACCCUCGAUCAAGAACCAUGCACGAAAGCCGUGGUGAGCCAGAGGGACACUGGGUAGGAAAUGUUAUCCCAGAUCAGCUGAGCUCAAACGAUGUGCCCACCGCUAGCAAAACGGUGAUUCGACCGAACGAAAGCGAAUAUGGUUUAUGUUUUGGACAACAUCAGCCUGAUUCAUGGAUUGCAGAACACGUCACGCGUCGAAGUGUGCCGUGCACUAGUGUACAACUAUUGCCAGACAGACGGAUGCCCAUGAAUUCGGAGCAGCAACCGGUUUCCCUAUCGGAUAUAUCCGGAAUUCCACCCACAAACUACUAUCCCAACUUGUCAACAGGUGGAGAAAAUGAUAUGAGUAAUUUUGCUCUCGAGUCGGACAUCACUAGCCACUUCAGCGAUUAUACAAACUUGGAUCUGUCCUUUAUCAUGGACAAUGUUUUCUCGGGUUCUUAUUCUAUAUAG